AUGAGAGAAGCUGGCGUGUGCGAACCGAAGACUUUCCCACACUUCCCCAGGAAACCCGUAUGUGUCCUCUGCACUUCAGCUUCAAUGCUCUCGCUGCGCCGGGGGCUCAGCGAAACUACCCAAGACACAGAGAAACUACCCAAGACUCCAAGCUGUCCAAGACUCUGGGAAACUGCCCAAAGCCCAGAGAAACUAUGCAAGACCCAGAGAAAUAGCCCAAGACCUAGAGAAACUACCCGGGAUCAGAGAAACUAUCCUGGAUCCAGAGAAACUACUCAACUCCCAGAGAAACUACCCAAACCCAGAGAAACUAUGCAGGACCCAGAGAAAAUACCCAACAUCCAGAGAAACUAUCCAGGACCCAGAGAAGCUAUCAAGACCCAGAGAAACAAACCCACGACCCAGAGAAACUACCUACAAACCAGGAAAAACUACCCCAAGACCCAGAGAAAAUACCCACGAUCCAGAGAAACUACCUACGCCCCAGGAGAAACUACCCAAGACCCAGAGAAAUACCCAAGAUCCAGAAAAACUUCCAAACCCAGAAAAACCUAUCAAGACCAGAGAAAAUACCCAAGAUCCAAAAAAAACUAUCCAAGACCCAGAGAAACUAUAAAGACCCAGAGAAACUACCUACGACCAGGAGAAACACCCAAGACCCAGAGAAAAUACCCACGACCCAGAGAAACUACCUACGACCGGGAGAAACUACCAAGACCCAGAGAAAAUACCCACGAUCCAGAGAAACUACCUACGCCAGGAAAACUAUCCGGACCCGAGAAAAUCCCCAAAGAUCCAGAAAAACUAUCCAAGCCCCAGAGAAACUAUCAAGACCCAGAGAAACGACCCACGACCCAGAAAAAACUCUCCAGGACCUAG